AACCCAGUGAACUCUUUCCUCUCUCUGCAGGGUCCCCCAGGUCCCCCGGGACCCCCAGGCGCCCCUGGCAGUGUAGUGUCCGUCUACGACAAUAACGCAUUUAGUGAGUCGGGCCCUCCCGGCCCUCCAGGAUUGCCUGGCUACCAGGGUGCCCCAGGACAAAAGGGUGAACGAGGCGAGACAGGCACCCCCGGACCCCCAGGCCAGUUCCCCUAUGAUCUCAACGAAUUUGGUUCCACCUUCCGGGGUGAAAAAGGAGAUCGGGGGGACCCUGGACUGAAAGGAGAGAAGGGGGAGCCCGGCGAGGGAGGACUGUAUGGAUCAAGCGUCUCUGGACCUCCAGGUCCUCAGGGUUAUCCUGGCCUUCCGGGUCCCAAGGGGGACAGCAUUAGAGGCCUGCCUGGCCCCCCAGGGCCUCAGGGACCCCCUGGCAUUGGGUACGAGGGGCGGCAAGGUCCCCCUGGGCCUCCUGGGCCUCCCGGGCCCCCCUCCUUUCCAGGACCCCACAGACAAACUGUCAGCAUCCCUGGCCCACCUGGGCCGCCAGGGCCACCGGGACCUCCAGGGACCAGCGGGUCGUUGACCUCUUCCGGGCUGCGGAUCCUGCCGGCGUAUCAGUCCAUGCUGAGCACGGCUCAGGAGGUGCCCGAGGGCUGGCUGAUCUUCGUACAGGACAGAGAAGAGCUGUACGUCCGGGUGCGGAGCGGCUUCCGGAGAGUCCGUCUGGAGGAACACACUUCCAUCUCCAGCCCCGGGCUGGACAACGAAGUGUACGACAAGCCGCCAAGUGUCCACUACUCGCACGGCGGCACUGCCUCCUCCGGCUUCCUGCACCCGCGCCGAGAGCACAACCCCUCCUCCACAGCCCGGCCCUGGCGAGCGGACGACAGCAUCGCCAACCACCACCGCCUCCCCGACCACUCGCCCCACGGCGCCCAGCCCCAGCAAGAGCCAUUGGACAGCUUCUCCCCAAAUCGCCGGGGGGAGAGCACCCCCUCUGCCAUUCACAGGCACCCUGACUUCCAACCCGCCCUCCACCUGGUGGCGCUGAAUGCCCCGCUGAGCGGCAGCAUGCGUGGCAUCCGUGGAGCUGACUUCCAGUGCUUCCAGCAGGCCCGGGCAGUCGGGCUGACGGGCACGUUCCGAGCCUUCCUGUCCUCCCGGCUGCAAGACCUGUACAGCAUUGUGCGCAGGGCCGACCGGAGCGGAGUGCCCAUCGUCAACCUCCAGGAUGAAGUGCUGUUUAACAACUGGGAGGCGCUGUUCUCGGGCACAGAGGCUCAGUUCCGAGCUGGUGUUCGCAUCCUCUCGUUCGACGGAAGAGAUGUCCUGAGAGACUCUGCGUGGCCUCAGAAGAAUGUCUGGCACGGCUCUGACGCCAAGGGCCACCGGCUCACAGAGAGCUACUGCGAGACAUGGAGGACGGACGAUGGCGUGGUGACAGGCCAAGCCUCCUCGCUGGCCUCGGGCAAGCUCCUGGAGCAGAAGGUGAGCAGCUGCCAGAACACCUUCAUCGUCCUGUGUAUUGAGAACAGCUUCAUGACCUCUUCCAAAAAGUGACCUGCCCCCGCCCGCGCCUCGGCGCACAGAGAGGAGGGACCCCAACGGGGCAGCCGCUUCCCCCUUCACACAGCCAUUCCCAGAGAAGCAGAUGAAAAGCCAAAGAGUGUUGAGUUAGUUUGAAACGCCAGCCCGGUGCUGGCCAGCAUCUGGAGGGCUGAGCCGGCUGGCUGUACUGGCCAUCUCCUCGUCUCCGGUGUACACGCAGUGGGUCUUUCUCUUUUAAUCCCCCUCAUAUUUAACCAGGUUAGUUGUAUGCUUGGGUGAACUCUCCUUGGUUCCCUGUUUUCCCCCUUGCUAGGACAGUCAUCACAGGGAGGGCCCCGUGGUCCCCACGCGGGGUGCCGGAGCAUGAGAUGCUCUUUGCUGAGACGGGGAGGCCCCGCGGGAGAGCUGGCUGCACGGCCAGUCCUUGUGCUGUGGGGUGUGUGACGGCCCCAGCUGGGCAGCACUCUGGCCUCGUUAGCAGCCGGAGCAGUGCAGGCUGUCACCAGCUCCGCUCUACUGCUCGGUCUGUGACAUCCCAGGGCUUGCUGUCUGUCGCUGGCUGUGCACCCUGCAGGGGCUCAGCUGGGUGAAAGGCCCUGAGUCUCUAGCUGAGUCCCUGUCUGCAGGUUGGCUUCCCCCUCAGCUUGGUCUGAUAGCCCCUGGCUUCGCCUCCCUUCCUCCAUCUGUUCCAUGGGAGCUGGAGUGGGACCAGGCCCCCAGCCCCAGGUGCCUCUCAGCUGGCAGUGGGGUUCCUGCUGGUGGAGCCCUGCUUCCCACAGUGGGUGGCGAGAAGUGGGUUCCCCCCAUGGCAUGGGUAAGCUGUUGGGGGUAGUACUUCAGGAGCUGCCGGGCAGGGAGGCUGUCCUUUGAAAGCAGAGUCAUUUCCUUGUUGGAAGAACCAAACGGGUUAGUUAUAAGAGGAAAGUCAAAUGGAGGCCAAAUCCCCGCCCCAACGGUUCUGUGCAGUGCCUUCCCCAUUGCAGGACACUGGCUAGCUGAGGCGGGGUGCCCUCCCCACACCUCCCCUGGCUAGCCCAGCCGAUCCACACCAAACCCUGGCCAACAUGUGCCUUACUCUGGUUAGGGACAAGGGAGAGCAAUGCAUGCGCUGAUGAGGGGAAGGAGUGUACUCUCCUUUGCUUGGGGGUGGGGGGAAGGGGCAUUUCCUUGAGUACCAGAGGGCAGAUUAAAAAGUACCUGUUCUAGCAAUACUGGGUGUCAGGGCCAGGAGGUUUUGUGACCUCCAUGAGCAUUAUGGGGUGGAGACUCUUCUUUGCUGCCAUAAAACCUGACUUCCAGAGGGAGCCCAGCCCAUGACAGGCAAGUUUGAAUGUCAGGAGAACGUCUGGGUGUGGGAUUUAAGGUCCCAUACUGCAGCUGAGCAUCAGCUCCAGGAGAACGUCCCGCCUCAAAGCCAGAAGCCUUCCACACACUUCUAUGCUCCUCGUGUACCAUACUUGGGAAGCACUAAUGUCGAAAGGAUUUUUUAAUCAGUUUUGAAAAUCUGAGGUGCUACAUUUUUAACUAGCUUCUUAUUGUACUGAAAUUACCAUAAAGGCUGUGCAAGUCACACAAUUCCUGUUUCUUAUUGUCUACUGUAUUUGUGUAAUUAAUGCAAUUUAAAGCCUGUGGAUUUUUGUUUUUUUGUCAGUUGUGUUCUUUAAACCGUUUUCUAAAGGCACUGAAUAAAGGAAAGUCUCCUCUUGUA